AUGGCCUCCGCAGAAGAAUAUCCCGCCGCCUCUGGUAGCGCCCAACCUGGCGGAAACCCCGCUGAUGUUGAAAUGGGCGAGAAUGUCUCGAGCGCCGUGGUAAUCGAAAUCGACGCGUCAGCCGGCACCGAAACUGGCACCAAUGCCCCUGCUCCCGACCUUCAAGAAACCAUCAUGGAAGAUACCCCCGCUCGAAUUACCUACAUUGAUUAUUUAAAGAGUCCUGUUAUUGGAUUAUUAGUCGGACAGGGCGAUGAACAAGCACUCUUAUACGCGCAUCAAGGACUCUUAUGCAAGAGUCCCUGGUUUGAAGAAGCCUGCGGGAAAUUCAGCGACGAUGUAAGUGAACGCCGCAUCGAUCUCAUCGACGAAAAUCUCGACGCCGUCGGCUGUUUUCUCGAGUACCUCUACACCAGCGAUUAUUUCCCACGCAAGAUUCCCGGAUCGCGGGACUUGGAAAAUGAUCCUGCGAUACCCGAAGUCGACGAAUCUGGCGACCAAUUACUCAAACAUGCGCGCGUGUAUACGUUGGCGGAAAUGUUGAAUAUGCCCGGCUUGAAGAGCUUGGCGAGCUCCAAGAUUCACUGCGUGAAUAGUACGGCGAAGGGUGAGAUUGCUUAUGCGAGAUAUGUGUAUGCGCAUACGCAAAAGGAUGAUCAGACGAUUAGGGCGCCGGUGGCGAAUUUCUGGGCGACGAGGAGUCAUACUUUGAGGAGGGAGGCGGAGACGGAGUUUAGGGAGAUGUGUUUGGAGUUUCCACAAUUUGGUUAUGAUGUUUUGACACGUGUCCUAGACGAAAAGCUCAAGAGGGAAAAAAAUGAUAAGAUGCACCCAGCCCACAGCACACCCGGCAGUAGUUCUCGCAAGAGACUGCGUCAAAGUGGGAUUUAG